AUGAUCUUUCAGGCCGGUCGGUCCGUCAUACGACUGCCCCAAUUAACGCUGCAACGUCUGGGCAAUGGUCGCACGGGGCUCAGCUCCUCCUGGGUUGAACGCGUGCCCGCUCUCUACAAUGUUGCCCAAUCGCAACACUAUCCCGAUCUCAUCCUCAAUUCCAGGUUGAAUGCACCGAUACUUCGCCGAACUUACGCGCAAAGAGCUGUGUCACGGCCCAAAGCCCACACCGGCAGGACAACCACCGCAGCAAGAAAGGCCCCAACCACCUCGAAAACGAAAGCCGCCAAGAAGCCCGCACCCGAAAAGACAACACCGAAAGCGGUACCAAAGGCCAAGUCGAAGGCAAAGCCAAGAAUCACACCCAAGCCAAAGCCCGCAAAGAAGAAGAAGGCGAAGGCGAAGGCGAAGGCGAAGGCGAAGCCCAAGCCCAAGCCCAAGCCCAAGCCCAAGCCUGAGAAGCCCAAGAAGGUGUUGACGGAGGCACAAGAAUCUGCUUUGACUACAAAGCAGCUCAAGGCGACUACAAAGCAGCUCAAGGCGACAGCUCUCAAGCGCCCCCAUGAAACUCCUUCUAGUGCAUGGAAUGUGUAUUUAGCAGAAAAGAUGAGGGCAGGUCGCGGUGUAACAGGAAACAGCUUUGCAGCGUUGUCGAAAGAAGCGAGUUCGGAGUACAGACAGCUGACUCCAGAGAAAGUUGAGCACUACAAUCACCUAGCAAAUCAGAACAGAGCCGCGAAUGCUGCGGCUCAUCGUCAAUGGAUCGAAUCCCACACUCCAAUUAUCAUCUACGACGCCAAUCUUGCGAGGCAGCAACUCAGAAGACUGGGGGUCACUGCAACCCCACUGCAAGACCACAGGCAGGUCAUAGGCCUGCGUAAGCCAUACAAUUAUUUCUACCAGGGGCGUUUGCAAUCGGGUGACUUCAAGGGCCUGGGCGUGGUUGAGGCUGCAAAGCUGAUAGGCAGAGAAUGGAAGGGUCUUCCAGUUGGGGAGAAGAAGCCUUUCGAAGAUUUGGCCGCCCAAGACUUGGCAAGGUAUGUGCAGGAGCGGAAGACCGUUCUGAACAAGGAUGUCAAACAAAAUGCAAGCUGGAAGCUUUAG